GGUGGGUCAGUCCGUCAGUGGGUGGGUCGUCGUCGGCCGGCGGAAUUCGGCUCGGCUCGGCUUCCUCCUGGAUCUGCCGCCCGGUGGUACCUCGCCGCCGGUGGCAAGCAUGGCGCAGGCGGAGAAGAAGCGCGCCCCAAGAACGGCCACGGAGGCUGUGGAGAGACCGUCCGGGACGUCUGACCGGAGGCCGCUCUACUUCGCGGCCCUCCUGGUGCUCGCCGACGCCGCGCUCGUCGCCCUCAUCAUCGCCUUCGUCCGGUAUACCAAGAUCGACUGGGACGCCUACAUGUCUCAGGUGGAUGCUUUUCUGGAGGGGGAGAGGGACUAUACCAAGAUCGAUGGAGACACAGGACCAUUGGUCUACCCGGCUGGAUUCCUCUACGUCUACUCCGCCAUUAAGUUCCUUACCGGCGGCCAAGUCUUCCCUGCUCAGAUUUUGUUUGGCGUCUUGUACAUUGUCAACCUGAGCCUCGUUCUUCUGCUUUACGUCAAGACUGAAGUGCUUCCAUGGUGGGCUUUAGGUUUGCUUUGUUUGUCCAAAAGGGUUCACUCCAUUUUUGUGCUCCGCCUUUUCAACGACUGCUUCGCCAUGACAUUGCUCCAUGCUGCUAUGGUUUUGAUUAUUUAUCAUAAGUGGUACCUUGGCCUAAUAGUUUUCAGUGGAGCUGUCUCGGUUAAGAUGAAUGUCCUUCUUUUCGCUCCUUCUUUGCUUCUACUGAUGGUGAAGGCCAUGAGCAUCAAAGGAGUCUUCUUUGCGUUGUUUGGAGCUGCUGUAGUACAGGUAUUGUUGGGUAUGCCAUUCUUGCUGUCACAUCCAGUUGAGUACAUCUCAAGAGCAUUCAAUUUCGGCCGUGUCUUCAUCCAUUUCUGGUCUGUGAACUUUAAAUUCGUCCCGGAGAAGUUGUUUGUAUCCAAAGAGCUCGCUAUUGCGUUGUUGAUUCUUCACCUCACUACCCUUGUGGUAUUCGCACACUACAAGUGGUUAAAGCAUGAAGGAGGCCUAUUCGGUUUCUUGCAUUCCAGAUUUAAACACGCCAAAUCAAUUCUAAAGCUUUUUUCCAGCCAGCCCAGACCAUCCAUUCUCAGUAAAGAACAUAUUGUAACUGUUAUGUUUGUCGGCAACUUCAUUGGCAUCGUGUGUGCCCGAUCAUUACACUACCAAUUCUAUUCCUGGUACUUCUAUUCAUUGCCUUUUCUGUUGUGGAAAACACAUUUUCCGACACCUUUGAGGAUCAUUCUAUUUCUCGGUGUGGAGCUCUGCUGGAACAUUUACCCUUCUACUGCCUAUUCAUCACUGCUUUUGCUAUUUCUGCACAUCUCCAUUUUGUUGGGUAUAUGGUUUUCACCGACUGAGUACCCUUAUAAUGAUAAAAGGACAUGACAAACAUAUCAAGAAGUUGCAAGUCAAUGUGAGGCUUCCCUGUAAAAUUGUUUAAUCUUUUAAGGUAGCAGUAGUCAAAUCCUUUUUUGUGCGGAUAGAAGCAACGGCAAAGGGUUCUGGAAUUUGUCAGAUGUAUUUUUUCCAAUACUUUUGGUGUUAAUUGGCCCAAGAUCACUAGAGUAGCAUCGAGACAUACCAAAUAUGUACCAUGUCCAUGUGUAUCUUCUUAACAUAAAUGAAAAAUAGCUACACUUAACUUUUACGGAGACACUGUUACUACUGAA